GAAAAGAAGAGUAGAAGAAGAGAAACUGGCGAAAUUGCGACUUGAACAAGAACAGAAAGAACAACAACUGAUCAAAGAAAAACAAGAGGUUUUAAAAAAGAAACGAGAAGAAAAAAGAGUAGAACAAGAGGUUAGUUUUUAUAAUAGUCACGUGUUUAUGAAUUAUAGAAAAACUUCAUUUUAAGAAAUGUUCACACUACAAAGUAUAAAAUGAAAAGUAGGGGCCUUUGCGGUAACAACAGAAGUAGUUAUAAUAGGCCGAUUCUGGCGAUUUUUUUAAAUCCGCCCACACGGCUAGCCACUCGAUUUUUUUAAAUCCGCCCAAACGKCUAGCMRCYCGAUUUUUGGUUAAAAAACGCGAUUUUAGGUAAAAAUUACCACUACUUGGGAGUUAAUAAUAGAUCGUCUAUUUUAAUAAAGGUUCGCUCUUGUGAAUAAGUUUUAUAUCUAUUAUAUAUAAUGAGUCGCGUGAAUGACGAAUUUAAUUUACUUCUGGACAGUCUUAAUAGUCUUAGCAGAGAUGAUUUUACCGAUAUUUCUGCUAGAAUUUCUGGAAUCAAAAAGAAGGCAACGGCUAUGCGAGGCUUUCUGAAUACUUAUGAAAUAGAAGGUGGAAGAAUAGAUCCGAAUAUAUUUCUAGAAAGGAAUAAGUCGAAGAUUGUUAAUCUAAUAAAUAGAAAAGAAAAGCCGACCAAAUCUAAUAUAGUUCUAACUUGUGAGUUCUAUAAAAGAAAUCCAGAAGGAACUGUUUAUUCACACGGAACUUUCCGUUCAAAAAUAGAAAUAAUAACAGAUUCUACCAAUAUUUCUAACAUCUAUGAUAAGUGGUCAGAAGAUAUAUUAGAAAGUUUUACUAAUUAUCAAAAUGCAGGAUCCGGAUGGAUAUUUAGAAAAAUAAUAAGCUUAGAAAUUAAUAUUGAUACAUUUGCUCCAAUGUCGGGAAGCUCUUAUUUACCUCUUCCAAAAGAGUUAAUACCAAAAAAGGCGAUAAUUAAUAUGAAAAACAAGGAUAAUGAAUGUUUCAAAUGGGCUGUAACUCGUGCUUUAUAUCCAUCAAAACGGGAUUUGGAGAAAGUUAGUAGCAAAUUAAAGGAAGAUUCAAAAAAUAUUAAUUGGAACGGAUUAUCAUUUCCAGUAGAAAUAGAAGAUAUUUCAACAUUCGAGGAUAAUAAUCCAUACGGCGUCAAUGUAUUUGGAUACAACGGUGAGGUCUAUCCGCUUAGAAUAACUAAUAGUGAAAAUAGAAUAAUUAAUUUAAUGAUUAUUUCUGAAGGUGGUAAAAACCAUUAUUGUUGGAUAAAAAAUAUGUCUCGUCUCGUAAGCAGGCAGGUUGAUAAUCAUCAACAUUAUCGAUUCAUUUGUGAUAGAUGUCUAAAUUCAUUCAAGUCUCAAGAAUCUUUAGAUAAACAUUCAGAGUAUUGCAGAAAUUCAGAUGCCAUCAAAAUGAGUCUUCCUAAAAAGG